AUGGCAAACAGCUACCCGCCGCGAUUGCCUGUCGUCCACCAACACCCACCCCCAAUACAGCGCAUUCUCCCCCGGCGAAGAGAAAGCGACGUCCCAAGCAAACGCCCUCGACGUGUCCUGCGCUCAGAGUGGAGUCGUCCGCGCAUGCGAACCUCCUAA